AUGCGAGUCCUGCGGAACUGGUUGCACGUUCUCCUGUGGCAUGGCCUGCUGUUCACUUUUGUCGCCGCCGGAGCCGAUGUCCCCCUUGAUCAGCCCGCGUCACAGCAAAUAAGUACAUCAGCCCACUCCGACCCCCCACUUGCUACAUUCUCUCCCAACGCACCCCCAGAUAGUCUCUUUUCCGGGAUGUUCAGGGAUCUCAAUUUUCUUAUUGCUGAGCAUGAUCAGUCUCGCUCGAAAUACAACCCUACGCCAAAUGAAAGUAACACCCUAAGUCAAGGCCUUAUUGAGGAUGCAAUGGAUCGACUUCUUCCUUCGCUUCGUAUUAGAGCCCUCAUCUCUCUCCUUGAUCUUGAAGCAUUUGUAGCCGAGGAUGAAGAGCCUAAUCUGGACUUCAAGGUUGUUGUGGACUUCUCAGAUCCCGAUGUUAGUGCGCAGGUGGCAAAAUUACAGUCAUUAUACGCGUCUAAACGGGCAAGACGCGCGAAUCUGGUGGGAGGGAGUUGCGACGAGAUAUGUUCUCACCGAAAUGAGAUAUCUCGCUGCACAACUUCACAUUGCCUGUGUGACGAAGGGCUCGUGAAAGAACUUGGGAAGUGCGCGUAUUGUGUGACAGAGCGUAUCAAGUCGGAGCGAUUCACGGCUGAAGCUGAGGGCAUGUUUGCUGGUGAGACAUCCUAA